AGUUCACAGUUCAUGUUUACAGUUCCUCCGACAUGGAGGAGUCGGACACCGCAGCCAUUCUUCCCGCUGAUGUGCUCAAUGCUACAUCCGCAGAGGAAGACCCAACUUCGGACUGGUUCGGCCACAAAGAAGAAGCGGAGGUACCGACCACCACCACCACCGGGAGCUGCGAGCCCCGACCCCGGUUCUCAUGGCCGCUGCUGCCGCCGGUGUCCGUGGAACCGGUGCUGUUCCUCUCCAUGUUCUCUCUGGCCCUGCAGGCGCCUUUGUCCACCCAGUACCUGUGGGACAGACUCAGCGAGGACCUCGGGUACAACGGCUCCAAGAGGUCGGAGUGCACCAACGGCUCCGUGCCCCCCGACCCUCUGCAGAAGGAGGUGGAAACCCUAACAGCCCACUGGAACCUGUACAUCAGUCUGGCAGGCUUCUCUGUUGGCCUGUUGGUGGUGCCUCUCCUGGGCUCAUGGAGUGACCUCGCGGGUCGCAGGCCAGUCCUCAUCCUCCCUAACCUUGGCCUGGCACUGCAGGCAGUAGUUUACCUCGUAGUGAUGUACCUGAAGCUGCCGGUGGUCUACUUUCUGCUGGGAAGAAUGUUGAGUGGCCUUUCAGGUGAUUUCAAUGCCAUCCUGGCAGGGUGCUUUGCAUAUGUGGCUGAUACAAGUGACAGGAAGUCCCGCACCUUCCGGGUGGCAGUGCUGGAGGCCUGUCUGGGUCUUUCAGGGAUGCUGGCCAGCAUUAUCGGGGGGCAGUGGCGGCGUGCACAAGGGUACAUCAACCCAUUCUGGCUGGUCUUGGCCACCAACUUGGCCUCCGCUCUGUACGCUUACCUGUUUGUUAAAGAGACUGUCCUGCCAGACCCAAGUGCAAAGCUCCUCACCACUCGCCACCACAAAGCUAUCUGGCGCCUCUACUCAGCAGGCGGCAGGAGCAGUGAGGAUGGUGGAGGGUUUCAGAGAUGCAAGCUGUGGUUUUACACACUGAGCUUCUUCCUGGUGGUGAUGGUACAUUCCGGCUGCAGGGAGCUGUAUGUGCUGUACGAAUUAAGCUCUCCGCUGUGCUGGGGGCCCGCCCUCAUUGGCUACGGGUCAGCAGCUCAACACCUGGCCUACCUGAGCAGUCUGCUGGGGCUGAAGAUCAUGCAGCGCUGCCUGGAAGACUCCUGGGUGGCUCUUGUGGGUCUGGCCUCCAACAUUACCGGGCUUGUGGUCUUCUCUGUAGCUGACACUAUACAACUCAUGUUCACAGGUUAUGGUCUGUGUUUCCUCUUCAUGGCCUCGACACCUGUUCUUAGGUCGAAGCUGUCGAAGUUGGUGGACCCUUCAGAGCAAGGUGCCCUGUUUGCCUCUGUUGCUUGUGUGGAGAGCUUAUGUUUUCUGGUGGGUAGUGGUGUCUUCAACUCGCUGUACCCGGCCACCCUGUACUUCAUGAAGGGCUUCUCCUUCCUUUUUGCUGCCAUCAUCCUCUUCAUCCCCGCUGGAAUAAUAGGGACUCUACAAUGUGUAGACCAGAGGAGAGAACUCAGAGACUCCACAGUAUCCUGACCUGAAAAAAGAUGCAGAGGGCAGGAACCUGUAAUGGGGUUUAGGUUCAUCCUGGUGUCAGUGUGUGAGGUGAGCUGCUGUGGCACAGAGACAUUCAUCCUGUCCAACUGCGAUCCUCAGGGAAUCAGUUUUAAGAGAGUUUAGCAACUGGAUUCUUCCAAAUAGUCCAUCAAGGAGAUAAACACCAAAGGAUGAAGAAUUAAACUUCUGUCUGACUUCACUGACAAUGUCUUAAUGAGUAGAUGCUGGACACUGGAGUUUUGUUGAAUGUUUGCAGGUCCUAAAAUGGGAACUUUGUACUGUAAUGGUGUAAUGAAGAUUUUAUUUAUGCUUUCAUUUUGUGAUUUGACACAUUUUCAGUAUCAAUGCAAUGAGUGCAAAAGGAUGUUCUGUACAUUUCCAUUUUUGAUAUAUGGACUUCAGCAGCUUGAAUGGCACACUGCAGAGUAAAGUGCUAGGGGAAGGUCAAGUGCGAGAGGACUCUGAAUAACAAAGCCAAACAGGGGAACUUGUACCUCAAAGAGAGGCAACGUUUGUCGCAUGGACAUGGUUUAGGUUUGACAACUUUAACAUGGAUGAGAAAACGGUACAUUUUAAAUUAUGCCAUAGAGCAGACUCAAACACCACUUAUCUCUUUUGGCACCUACACAAGAAUCAUAUUAAACAAUACAGAGACAGAUUAGAGCCACAAAAGAGCCGCAGCCAGAUGUUGUAAAAGACUUUUACCUGAAACAGAACAUAUAAAGAAGGAAGGAGAUAAGCUGUUGUUACCUAACCUAACAGUCAAUAAAAGAUACGAUUGCUGAUAUGAAAUCACCUCGGUCAGGAUAUGAGAUCGGUCGCAAACAUUUGUUCCUUCCUGGUAAGAACUUCACAGAGGUUAUUUUACACAAAGUUUCUCAAAUGUAUUUUGGAAUUGUUUCCUGUAUUCUGUUUUUAAAAUCAAUCUCCCUAAUUAACUGUUAACUGUUUUGGAUACAUAUAACCUGCAUUGAGGACACUUUAUCUUUAUUACACGUGGAAACACUGCAUUCUCAGAAACUGGGGACUCGGCAGCAGUAAAUAAAGUGGUUAAAAUGAGCUCCACCUGCAGCAGUUAUUAUAUUCAGAUAAUAUAACAUCCAUUACUCUUGGUACUUCAUUUCUGAUUCUAUUACUUUGGUACUUUUACUUAUGCAAACUUUUGAUUGCAGGAUUUUACUUAUUACAGAUAAUUUAUACAUCGGGCCAUUGGUACUUUUACUCCAGUAAAAGAUGGGAGCACAUUAGAGUCGAGCCAACCAUGGUAAAUUUCCCCAAACCUGCAGAGGUAGAAUUAGUCCAUAAAACCCUCAAACAGAUGGUCUGAUUCGUUAAGUUGACGGAUCAUCUAUGGCAAACAUGUCCAACCGCAACUACAAGUAAAACUGCAGUGGCAGCCUGGGAUUACUGAGUUACACUUCUCUGGCCCUCCUCCCUCCCUCCUUUUCCCAUAAAGCAGAGAGUACAGUCCAAACUCCCUGAACGACACUGGAUAGUCCCAGAGCUCAGGCCCACAGCCCGACAUGCACACAGGGGUCACAACCUGGCUCCACAUUGAGGGAACCAGAGCUGCCAAAUCAGCUUUAAAAUGCACACAGGGAAGUCACAAUGUUAAGUGGAGCAUUAACUGGUCAACUGUGAAUUGAUUUCAAACAUACUGAGUGACAAAACUGACCAAUGAUGCUGUUUUCACUUUAUCAUAAUCAAUAUGUGUAGUA